CUCAAUUCAAUGGAAAACUCUUUAACCUAAUAGAUAAAAGCGCGGGAAAUUGUGUUUAUAAAAGUAAACAAAGUGAAUUUCUUUUUCAUUUCGUAAACUAUGAGCGAAAGAGACUUAAGCGAUGUCAACCGGAUUUUACAUUUUGCCAAGCUUACAGAGGAGGAAAUUCUUCCCACAUCUCAAGCCUUAUAUUUUGCCCCUGAAAACAUACAUAACAAUGAUUUUCGACUACUAGAGUUAAACAAUGACCUUCUAAAAGUAAUCGAAGAAAACAGACCGUUAUACAUUAAAGGAGAAGACAAUGAUGAGGUUGUUUUAUGUACCGAAGACUCCACAUUCCAUGUAACUGAAGCAGAGACUUCUAACAAUCUUCUCCUGGUAAGACCACUUAAGGUUAGUUCGGAUAUUACAGAAAACAGUGAGAGAACUGUAGAAACAGUUCAAAUUUGUAGCAUUUUUCAAGAGUACCUCGAGGCAGUGCCUGGGAGGCCUCAUUUACACAAACUCUACGAUCUGUUGAGUGAAACAACUUACAAAGGUCCAGAGUAUGAGUUUGAAUUAGGUGACAAAAAGUUAUACACCUUGGAAGAGCUUAAAGAUAUUGUACAAGCUUCGGAUAAAGAACUGGCCGAUGCACUAAAAACAAUGGAUUUAGUUGAAAUAGACGGGAAAAUUCGACAAAUAGAAUUUGAUUAUCACUUCAGAGUUCUUUCUUACAUGUUAAAAUUGAUAGAUGAAAAUUCUUGGGGUCUGGAUACUAUAGAUUUUGAUGAGACUUGCGAUACACUCAAAGACCUUGUUUCUGAAGAUGUUAUUAAGAGUUUAUUUGAAAAAUACACUGAAGAAUCUCAUGUUAUCGAUGGAAUACAACUGUACCGAUACAAAGAACAUAACAUAUGUCAGUUUUUUGCUAGGGUUUUGCUUAAGGAAGCUGGUAAAUUCAAUUUUGAGGACUUUGUGCAGGCCUGGAAGGAUUCAGUGCCAGAAGGAAUGGUACCUAGUGAAGAUAUGUUAUACGGUGUUGCAAUAAUUAAUAGGAAAUCAAGUCCAAGUGUUAUUUGGUCUUUCGAGGAGCAUACAUUGCCCGAUAAUGUGAUUGAGAGGUUUAAGAUAUUGUUUGAGGCUAAAGACAAGUGGACUGUGCCUGAAAUUUCACCUUAUAUCAAGCCUUUAACAACAAACAAACUAGACGUAAACGCUUUGCUGGCCAAACAUGCCAGAGCUUCCAAAAUCGAUGGAGUCAAAUACUAUUCAGCCAAACACGCAAAAUAAUUUGUCCUUUUCUGUCAAAUACUAAUUAUUUAUAACGUCUUCUCUAGGAGAUUCAUUGAUAAGCUCCAACUUUACCUAAAACAAACGUAAUAUAUUUAUUUAUACAAAUAA